AUGUUGCGUCACAAUUCACUUCCACCGUUUAUCCAUCCAUAUUUGGUAUCCGCUGAACUUGACAUGGAGCCACUUGAUAACUGCAUCAAUUUGGUCCAUAUGAUCAGCGGCGAGAUGAAAGGGGGUCGAAAGCUGUUCUGGAGAAAUGUGCGGAUGGAGUGCGAACGACUGUGUGCUGAGCGUUUGAAAUUGACGAAAUGGGAACUCCUUGCUGCUAUGCAAGCCCUUUCUAUUUAUAUUAUUAUCCGACUGGAUGAAGGCGAGACGGACUACAAUAGCUUUGAUUCACUUUUAUUCGCGACAGUGAUUGUCAUAGCUCAGCGGCUCAUGGAUAGUGGCAUUCCUUGCAACUACAGUCUGCAUGGAACAUGGCAAGAUUGGCUCUUCGAGGAAUCAAGACGAAGACUAUCCGUGGUUUACCGAGUUGUCAAUAUGUUGUUCUACUUUGAGCCAGCAGCGAUGUGCAAUCUGCCAGCGGAUCUAAUUCUUGCACCGCUACCAGGGAAUAAACAGCUUUGGGAAGCGAGUAAUGAGCUGGUGUGGAAGUUGGAAAGUGAGAUUCAAGGUGGAGUUCAGACUAAAUUUGGUCUGGCUGGCAGUGGAGAGCUUGUCAGACUAGCUGGCGGGUAUCUUUACGUUGUGAAACUGCUAGCAGCGCAGUCUCUUGCUAAGAAAGUGUCCGCGGACUGCUUUGGCAAGACAGCUUUCGCCAUCUUGCAGUAA